GCUUCCGAGUGGCAGUGUGUCUCAGCAGCUGGCAGAAGCUAGUAGUGCGCAGCAAUCCGCAGAACCGUACGAUCACCGUAACCCGAUCGGAUCGUGUGUGCUUUGGGGGGGAAGACACAGACGGGGAGAACGUAACGACAGACCAUUCAGUCAGGAGCCAGGGACCUGGAAGGAAAGAACCAUUUCCUUUUUCCUUGGUUUACUGACGGAAAUCCAGACAACGUCGCCGGUAAUAGCCGGAGUGCUUGAACUCUGUUCUCUGUCGUCUUCCUCGUCGUCGUCACCGUCGUUUGUUCGCGUUGUGCCUUGUUGUGUGGUGACGGUCUUGGUCGUUAUCUAGCCAAAGAUACAGCUCCGAUGGAAAAGAUCAUAGGCCAACCAUAGAACCAGUGCUGUCCAUCUGAUCAUCGUGCUGUAUUAGUGGCCACUUUGUUUGCUCCGGUUUCAACUCUGUCUCUCGGUCCUGUUCUGCUCGUCGUAGUACGAUGAACAGCGUGAUCCUGUUGGGCCGUAUGCGUAGACCGGUCAUUGGCGAGUACUUUAAGUUGAUUCCGUUCUAGCCGGGCCACCGGCACGGAAAGGACACGAGGUCGAACCCCCUAGCGUCUUCCGCGUCGCUCCGUGUGUCUGUUUCUCAAGUGCGUUCGUGUCCGUCGUCCGUCGUCCGAGCGUCGUGAGAACAAUCUCCACCAUAAAGGCCCCACACUGGCUGUGAUAUCAACCCGAACCGCCAUCGUCUCGUGAAAGACACUCUCGCAGUGCUGUGUGCGCGUGAACGGUCGUCAUUCCGUCCCGGUUCGUAAUCCCACCACCCCCCGGGGACAAGGUGUUCCGUGUGCUGUGACUUAGAUAGUAGUUUAGUUAAAGUUAAAUAAAUCUCGACUGAAAAGCUGAAUAGCAGACCUUUUAAACCACCCGUGAAUACAAGUACCAUCAUCAUCAUGACUGGAAAAGACUCCGAUGUGCUGGUGGACCGAGGCACCAUGCCCAAGAUUGUGGCCACCGGCGAGAACGAGAAACGGCCAACGCCACCGCCAUCCCUAGCGGUCACACUGGCAACGGUCGAAAGCCAGCCACCGGCGGCGGCGACAACCCACCAGAGUAAAGCGGCCGAGCGAGGCAAAGCGAUGCGGCAGGUGAUUGCCGCAUUCAUCGCCAACAUGGGCACCAUCAACACCGGUCUGAUCUUUGGCUUCUCUGCCGUGGUAAUCCCUCAGCUGCAAGCAGCCGACUCACUGAUCCCGGUCGACGAAAGCCAAUCCUCGUGGGUCGCGUCCUUAUCGGCGAUUGGAACACCGAUCGGUUGCCUGUUAAGUGGGUACGUGAUGGACACGUUCGGCCGUAAGAAGGCGCUGAUAGCGACGCAAAUCCCUACCAUCAUCGGCUGGAUUACGAUCGCGUGUGCCUCGAGUGUGGGCUGGAUUUACGCCGGUCGCGUCCUGACGGGCUUCGGUUCCGGGAUGGUUGGUGCGCCGGCCCGUGUCUACACCUCGGAGGUGACGCAGCCUCACCUGCGCGGUAUGCUGUGUGCGCUGGCCUCGACCGGUAUUAGCUUGGGCGUGCUGAUCCAGUACACGCUCGGUGCGAUCACCACCUGGAAGAUACUGUCCGGAAUCUCGAUCAUCGUCCCGGUGCUGGCCUUGCUGCUCAUGCUACUCAUGCCGGAAACACCAAACUAUCUCGUCUCGAAGCAGAAACCGGAGAAGGCGCUCAAAAGUUUGGCCAAACUGCGCGGAUCAAACUACAAUCUGCAGCGCGAGGUUAACCAACUGCAAGCGUUCGCGGCCAAGACGAACAGCGGCAACAAGAAGAAGCUAACGUUCCGGGAGACGGUACAGGCGCUUGUACAUCCUUCCUGCCUGAAGCCAUUCGCCAUCCUCACGAUCUACUUCAUGAUGUACCAAUUCUCGGGCGUCAACACGAUCACGUUCUACGCGGUGGAGAUCUUCCGUGAUUCUGGUACCACCAUGGACAAGUACACGUGUACGAUCUUGCUUGGAGUGGUGCGUCUCAUAUUCACCAUCAUCGGUGCCAUACUGCUGCGUCGCUGUGGACGGCGUCCACUGACCUUUGUGUCCGGAAUUGGUUGUGGAAUGACCAUGGUAGGACUGGGUGUGUAUCUGUACUUUAAGCGCCAGUGGGAAAUGGCCACACCACCGAUUGAACCGUCGCUCACCUGGUUCCCGGUGGCUUGCAUCUUCAUCUUCAUUAUGGCGUGUACGGUCGGUUUUCUGAUCGUACCCUGGGUCAUGAUCGGUGAGCUGUAUCCGAUGAAGGUGCGCGGGCUGAUCGGAGGACUUACCACCUGUAUGGCGCAUAGUUUUGUGUUUGCCGUCGUUAAGACCUACCCGCUCUUGACGCACGUCCUCGAACGCCACGGUACCUUCAUCCUGUACGGUUGUUUCUCCUUUGUCGGUACCAUAUUCUUCUAUCUCUGUCUACCGGAAACGAAGGGCAAGACACUACAGGAGAUCGAGGAUUACUUCUCCGGACGCACCAAGACGCUGAAGAAGAGUAAAGCGAACGGUGGCAACGUGGCCGGCAUUGAAUCCGACGGACAACAGUUGCUCGAAGCCAAACCACAGCUACUGACCGUCGAGAAGAACAAACUACUUCCCUAACGCCGCACGACGACGAUGGCCGCAAUCACGUUGCACACGAUUAGUUCCUGUUAUCCGUUUCGUUUCCCCCCGGAUGGUUUCGCGCGUUUUUAACCAUUCUUACCAUUUGUUUUCCAUUAUGUUUGUGUAGUGGCCAUUCUGAGCGAAUGCUAAUAAGUAUUAAAAGGCAGUGUAUUGGCAGUGGAUGGAUUUAGGGUAUUUACGAUUGAUUAGCGAUGAGCUUUCUCCACACUACGAAUCCGUAUCAUUUCUCUAAAUUCCUAACCCCGCCAGCGGGCUCGAGGAUACGCUAGGCGUAAGAACUGAUCAUCUUUGUGAAGACACACAUAUGGAACCUCCUUACUCACAUUACGAUAGGAGAUCAUUGUGGCUGGCAUCAGUUUCGUUCCUUUUUUCGAUAAAAAAAAUACUGAAUACUCGCUCGAUCGGGUAGUGUUUGUUUGUACGUGCCAGCCAAGUACUUAAAUUAAGGGAUAGCUUUAAAGAAGAAUCGAUCACGCAGCAGUGCGAUCGUGCGUGGUAGGAGUAACGGGGAGACAGACUGCUCCUGCUCCGCGUGUCGUUUGGAAAUCAUUCUCGUACAAGCUUCGAGCAAACCUAAUAUAUUGUGAUGAAGCCUCCACGGUGCCUUACUGUCCGCGAUAGGUAUAUAGGGCCAUAGAAUGUGUCUCAAUCUCAUUCUCACACCGCGCACCAUAUAUACCAAUGGGCCACGCACUCCUAGUGGUGGUCCGCAAAGUGAAAGACGAUAGAUAGAUAGUUCGUUAAGACGCGUAGAUGACUCCAUUGUUUUAAGGAAUAAAUCUUAAAAAAAAAAGUACUGAAAAUCUCCGAA